AUGCCGAAUCAGCAAGCACCUCAAAAGCGUCCUAUACCUGCACAUUUGGCACAACCAAGUAGUUCACAAUCAAGUUUAGCUGCUCCAGCGCCUGCUACAGCUCUACAUUCUCCGAGGGUAAGGUUUUCUUUUUUGUUUUAUUUUUAGGUAACAGUUUUUUAAAUUGGAAGGAAUGAAAAUGUAGAGCUAAAGUAAAGUAUAUAUUUUAGUUUCAAAACAGAGAUACCUUUAAGUAUCCGGUAGACGAGAAGGGGAUCAGAGAUUUCAAGACAGUUCGAGAGUUUAAGGAUAACACAGAUCAUAUCAACAGUCUCAAUUACAGUAGUGAUGGUAAAUUUCUGGCGACUUCAUCUAACGACGAUUCUAUAUUGGUUUAUGAUUGUAGCAAAGGAUGUCGUGUGCAAACAGUAAGUGUUAUUGUUUACGUCUGGGUUCUAGCUAGCAAUGAUGUUUAUAAAAUAAAAAAUGAAAAAACUGACAGUAAGGUCAAGAGGCGGUUUAGAGAAGGAACAAUGUAUUAAACUUUCUUUAAUAUUCUUUUAUAACCUUAUUUUAGGUGAAUUCUAAGAAGUAUGGUGCUACUUUUGUGGAAUUUUUGUUCACUAACGAAACAUCAUCUUAUAGUGUUGUGCAUGCUUCUUCGAAAGUUGAUAGUAAGUUUUUAAUGGAAGAAACAGCGAUAAAUAACAUAUCUUCUGUUAUAGUAAACUUGCCAUUGCAUAUUCUAUAACCUUUUUAAUUUUUUUUUGUUACUUAUUAUAACACAAAUAUUUUUAACAAUUUUUUUUCAGACACCUUAAAAUAUUUGAGAACGGAUAACAAGCAGUAUAUUCGGUAUUACAAUGGACAUACUCAAGAAGUGACCUCUGUAAGCGCGUCAAAGAAUAUGCCUAUCUUCAUGUCUGGCUCUAAGGAUAAGACUGUAAAAAUUUGGAGUAUUAACUCAUCUGCAGCUACUGUAAGAAUUAUAAAACGUUCUGAAGUGUAAAUUUCGAAAAUUUUAAUUUUAAGGUUGGCUUUUUAGACUUGAAUUUAAUUUUUUAUGCUUAAAAUCAAACUUUAAAUUUGAAAACUUAAUAUUUCAGAACACAUUGGAAUUCGACUCGACACCAGUGGUCGCCUUUGACAACCUAACUAUUACAUUCGCGGUCGGCGUAGGUAACAAGAUCAAAAUGUACGAUGUCAGAUCAAAAAAAAGUUUUGGCGCAAUCAACGUUCCGACUAGGCUGCCAUUUUCACACUUACUGUUUACUCCAAACAACAAGUAUAUAAUAGCGUCCACAUUUGGAAAUGACUUGUUUUGCUUGGACGCUUUUACUGGUCUUGUAAAACACAAUUGGAAGGUCAAGAACUUCCCGAAAAAAGUGGGUUAGAGUGUAAUAUCCUAUUUUUUGGAAAAGAUAGGCUUGUUUUUUCGGGUUUAUAAAUCUAAACAUAUUUUUAUAUUUACAUAGUUUUAGUAAUUAUGGUUUGUUUCAGCCAAUCCGUCUGCGUCCAGCGGUAGCUCCAGGUUCGGGAUACCUAUUUUGUGGCACGUCGGACGGAAAAGUGCAUAGCUGGUCAUUGGAAACGGGAAAAAUGGUUCACAGUUUAGGGAAAGUGCAUGAUGGCCCAGUCGAGAACGUUGGAUUCCAUCCUCGCUACUACACGAUGGCUUCAACAUCAAAGGACAUGAGAUGGUGGAUGCCAGCCUUUGAUGAUUUUGGCACAAAAUCAACAAACAAAGAGCGCAGAACUUCGGAAGCCGGUCAGCAUCGUCGAGAUGUGGAAGCGGGCCAACAUCGUCAAGAUACUAGUCAUAGAGCUGGACAACAUCACGAUAGACCAGGACCAAGUCAGGCUAAGGAUUUAGACUUGAAGAAGCUGCACGUUUCAGCUGAAGGUCACGACAAGAAGUUGGUGUCACCAAAGCCGAGCCCAAGCUCUGUUCUACCGCAACCUCCUGCGCCACCAGGACAACUCACGGUGAAAUUAGGUACGUUCGAAGAACGCUUAACUACACCGUCGGAAAUUGCCGCCAAUUUAUCGGAGUUUACUAGGACAGCGCAAAAUAUGGCUAUGGCACAGCAUAAUAUGGCAAAUUUACAAGCUUCGCAUAAUAUGACUGCUUCUCACGGCUUGCGACACAAUUCGCAUACGCAUUUUGAUUUUAGUUUGGCUAAUAAUCUAUUAGGGCACAGGAAUUCAACCGAUGUGGAUGUUGGACAACAUGGUUCGACCAAUUUAGCUUAUCACAGUAAUUUUAAUAAUGCAGCUUCAACGCAUCAAAAUGGCGGUAAUUCAGCUUACGUACUUGACCAAAAUGAACUCGAGAAAGCGUUGAACAGUCAUGUUGCUUUAGUUCAUGCUAACGCAGCUUAUAGUGCUACGAAUAGCGGUGGAAAUUCAGCCGAUCAUGAAGAACGUCCACAAGAACACGCUAAUGUAUUAGACAAUGUUUCAAGAUUUGAGCACGGUGCUGCUUCAAAUUUACCGCUUUUAAGUUCUGCUUUAUCUAACCCAACUCAUCAAACCGCCGCAGGUCAUGCGACUGAUUUGUCUGACCAUAAUAAUUCUAACGCUAAUUUACCUACCCAAAGUACCGCUUCUAAUACUCAACAUUCUGCUUCUAACGCAUCUUCUACCGCUUUGCAUAAUCCAACUGCUUCUAAAGAACGUAGCCAAGAUCAUGGGUCAGGGCGUGGGCAUGAUCGUUCUAAUUUAACUUCUCAUGGCCAUGGUAAUUCAUCUGGUCAUCACUCGAGAAAUUCUGAUUUAUCUACCCAUUCAAAGCAUGCUGAUUUGCCUACCCAUACUUAUUCAAAGCAUAAUGAAAAUAGCCAUAGCCACUCAAGGCACGCCGAUUUACCCACUCAUUCUCAUUCCCACUCGUCGAGAAAAUCGACCGAUUAUAAAUCGUUUGAUCCGCUUAAUGAAAUUCUUAAAGGUAUGACCAAGGAACUGGGACUAAUUGGCCAAACCACACCUUCAUCUCAACACAGUUCGGGAUCAACGUCCGGUACCCAAGGCUUGGCUUUAAAUCCAUCCGUGACGCCAAGAAGUGACCGGGAUCGAGACCGUGAGAGGGAACGAGAAAGAGACAGAGAGCACAGAGAACGAGACCGUGAGUAUCGAGAGCACCGAGAUCACAGGGAUAGAGAUAGAGACAGGAGAGACCAAAGAAGUAGAGAAAGGGAUAGAGAACAUAGAAGUUGA